GGAGAAAAGGGGCGGCGCUCUCGGGCGGCAGAUUCUGCGGCCACCGCGCACCUUGACUGUCGCUGUCGCACCCGGAGAGCCGACCUCACGCGCUGUCGCCGAGGAGCAGCCACCUGGCGCGCCGCGGAAGAGCAGCCUCGGGGAGGCGCAGGCCGGGGAUGCAGCAGCCGGCGCUGCCGGUGCCGGGGCCCCUGGCCUUGCUGGACACCACAGGGUUUGUGAGAAGAAAGAAGAUUUCCCUUUGGUUUGUGGGGUCUCUGCUGGUGUUGUCUAUCUUCAUACUGACCAUCGGCCUCGCUGCCACCACCAGGACGGAGAACGUGACUGUUGGGGGCUACUACCCAGGGAUCAUUCUGGGCUUUGGAUCUUUCUUAGGAAUUAUUGGCAUCAACCUGGUGGAGAAUCGAAGGCAAAUGUUGGUGGCAGCCAUCGUGUUCAUCAGCUUCGGCGUGGUGGCCGCCUUCUGCUGUGCCAUCGUGGACGGUGUGUUCGCCGCUCGGCACCUAGAAACCAGGCCCCUCACCUCGGGAAGAUGUCAGUUUUACUCCAGUGGGGUGGGGUACUUGCACGACGUCUACCAGACAGAGGUCACUUGUCACUCCCUGAAUGGCAAGUGCCAGCUGAAGGUGAAGAGCAACACGUGCUACUGCUGUGACCUCUACAACUGCCAGAGCACCGAGUAUUCUCCCAUGUACUACGAGUUCGUGGGCGUUAGCAGCUGCCGGGAUGUGCUCCACCUCUACCGGCUGCUCUGGGCCUCGACCGUGCUGAACGUCCUGGGCUUGCUCCUGGGGAUUGUCACAGCAGCUGUCCUGGGGGCUUUCAAGGACAUGGAAAACACCUCACAGCUGGGGCUGGCCCGGGAAGAAUCCCCCUCUGGUCCUCUCCCUGAGGGACCGCUUUGUUCCAAGCUGGAUAUGCUCAUGCAGUGCACAGAGGGCACCUCUUGCAACAAGUCUUCCUUCAUCCACAGAGUGCCACAGAUCCCUCUGUCCCAGCUGGCCUAUGGAACGUCUGCUCCUCCUCAGAUCCUCUACAACCCUGCCCAUCACAUCCUGGCCUACGCGGGCUUCGGCCCGGCACCCACGAACCUGCCCACCAGCUCGUCGUACCCUCUGCCUCUCCAGCCGUCCAGCAGCUUCCCAGCCUCGCCCUCCACUGACCUCUCUCUGUCCGAGGACGCACAGCCUCCGUCCCAGUCCAGCUCCAGCUUCGGGCUUCCGCCCAACGCCUCACCUCUCUAUGCCCCAGCCCCUUUCCUCCCAGGGGAAAAGCCUCCCCCCUACGCACCGUGACACAGAGUGGAUAGAUUUGAAAAAAUAUUUUGUUUUCAUUUGUUAAAAAGCCAAAGCAGCGCCUACAAAACCUGCUUCUGUGGCCAGCCUCCUAGAGACAUCAGGAGAAUGUUUCAGAAGGCUGUAUCCUCCUUCCCUCCCUGGGCACAUCCAUGGCAAGGAGAGGCCAGAGCCAGUGGUGAGGACAGAGCCCCAGGUGACCAAGGCCUGGGUGACACCUUUGCUUGGCCUCCUCGCCCAGCAUUUAAACCAGACACCAAAUGCAGCCAAAAUUUCUACCUGGAGUCUCCUCAUUCUGGUGUUCUGUUAUUACUUAACCAAAAAAACAAGUUUCAUUUCCUCCUAGUUAGUUAUUAUUAUCAUUUUGCAAAGGAAAUAUGGCCAGGGAUAUCCAUGGGUGAGGAUCACUUUUAAAGGGAAUGUGUUGAAUGUUUAUAUAUUUAUGUGUGUCCCCAAGAAGGGGCAGGGUCUCCACCCUCAAUGCUGUGUUUUUCUGGCAUUUAUUUGCUCGGAACAAAAAGACGCUCUGGCUCAAAUAUAAAAUGCUGC